GUGGGGAUUCCCGUUCGGUUGAUUAGCAGAUAUAGCGCCGCACACCGGGUCCCAAUUCAACUCAUCCCAAAGACUAAGAAGUCAACUACAGUCUUUGGAGCUCUGUGGUCUACAAACUUGUUUUGUCAAGUUUUCUUGUCCUAAAGUCGGUGAUGGAUGCCUUACGGUCGGCUGGAAGAGCUAUCAUCCGAAGUCCAAGUAUCGCGAAACGGUCUUGGAAUUCGGGCAAACAUAAAAAACUUCCUGAGAACUGGACCGACACGAGGGAGACUGUUGUAGAUGGCAUGACCUUUAACCUCCGCCACCUAGGCAUGACCCUGGUGGACCAGGCCAAAGGAGAGGACCUAUCAGCAGCUGCUGUCAAGAGGAUCGUUGCCACGGCCAAAGCGGGAGGUAAGAAGCCUCAGAAAGUGUCUCUGAGGGUUUCUCCUCAGGGUAUAAUGCUCUACGAUAGUCUGACCAACCAGCUGCUAGACAACAUCUCCAUAUACAGGAUAUCCUACUGCACGGCGGACAAGCUGCACUACAAGGUGUUUGCCUACAUUUCCCAGAACGCCCUCAACGGAACACUGGAGUGCCACGCCUACCUCUGCUCCAAGAGGAAAGUGGCCCAGGCAGUGACUCUGACUGUYGCACAGGCCUUUAGAGUGGCCUUUGAGUUGUGGCAGGUUGCCAAAGAAGAGAACAGGGUGAAGUCCGGCUCGGAUGGAGAAGCAACCGGCAUCUCCCAAUUAGAAGGAUCCAACAGCCUGGCAUGUCUGAAAGGAGAAGAUGUUGCCACGGGUAACCUGCUGGACCUGGAGGAACGGACUCAUGUUGCCGUGGUUCUGGAAACCAAUGGCAACGAGGAAACCAAUGGCAACGAGGAGUUCCAGGUGGACGACCACACCGAGAACAUAGAUAACAACAACACUGUCUGGGAAAUCGAGGAAGACUUGGAUGAGGCUUUUUCUAGACUGGCGGUGUCCCGUACUAACCCCCACGUCCUGGACGUUGGGGUGACCCCCCAGGAUUGGCUGACAGAACCUGACUGUGCCAAUGGGAACACAUGCAACCAGAACACCACCAAUGGAGAUGACUUCUUCCUUGUCUUCUGAUUGGCUACCGGAGGGCGACCGAGAAGCACAUCCUUCGGCUCUUUGGCCCAAUCCCAAAUCAACCCCUAGGCCCUACGCUGGAGCUACAGUAUACCAUAUUUGUGUCCUCUCAGGUCUGCACAAGUGCAUCGGUCUAGGGCUUGAGAUGGGGCCCAUAGAGUUGACUUUGGCUCCAUUCCAAACCGAUCCCUUGCCUCUGUCCUUAUUUCCUAGUUGACUCCCUCCCCCUUAUAGAUCUGAAAGGACUGCAUAGGUUGAGAGCUUUUU